AUGCGGGGCCCCAAGUUGGUUGACUGGACUGGCUGGGCGGGGUGGUCAUAAGUCGAGCAACGACAACAUCGUCUUGUCCUUUAACAUCCCUCUACGAUGCCUCCAAAGACGGCGACAAAGGCAAAGACGACGACAACGACCAAGACUCCCAAGACCGCGGGCAAGGCCGUGCCCAAGACAACCGAAAAGCGAGUCACCAAGACGGUCACCUCGGUCGACCCAAAGACGGGCCACAAGGUCGUCACCAAGACGGUGACCGUGACCACAGAGACGGUCGCAGCGCCAAAGACCAAGGCGGCGACACCGGCACAGCGCAAGAAGGCGACUGACACGGUCGAGGCGGCGGCCAAGAAGGCCAAAGUCAAGGCCGACACAAAGGUCAAGACCGAGGCCAAGGCGCCGAAGGGCAAGGCCGCAGCGACGCCCAAGAGCACGGCGACGCCCAAGACCGCGGCGACGCCCAAGGCCCCGGCCAAGCCAAAGACGCCCAAGGCCCAGGCCACCAAGGCAGCGCCCAAGGUCAAAGCCGAGCCCAAGACCAAGGCCCAGCCCAAGAUCAAGACCGAGCCGAAGCCAAAGGCCGAAGCUAAGGUCAAGGCGGAGCCCAAGCCGUGGGCUGGUCCAAGGCCGAAGCAGACGGCACGCAAGACGACCGGUGGCCACGCACUGCGGGCGUCCAACAGCAACACCUAUAUCGAUGCUCCCCCGGCAUACGAGUUCGACGAAAACUACGGUGGGUACGCUUCAGAGGAGCGAUAUGACAACCUGGACGACGGGUACGACUCGGAUGACAGCCGCCAUUUGAUCGCCAUGAUCGACGCGGACCGCCGCCCAUGGGGGCGCAACUUGGACGAGGACGUACAUGUGGAGUACUCCUCGGACGACGGCAGUGACUUGCUUGACCCCGAGAACCGUCUCAGAGAGUCCGAAUCUGACGGCUACGAAGACGACGACGAGUUCGGCAUGGUCGACCAAGAGCGCCGCGAGGGCAUCGACGGGUACUGGGGCCAUGACCGCUGGGGAAAGUGGGGUUGGAUCGAGUAUGACGACUUCUAG